CAUCACCGGCCUGGCCCGCAGAAGCCCGCUAUCGACCUGUUCACCCUAAGAAGCCUCAGAGAGUCGACCACUCCAUGGUCUUAACCACAGAAACGAGGUCUCAAGCGGAAGGGUGCAAAAGCUGCGUUCGACAGUCUGAUGACGCAGUUGGUGAAAACUUAGCCGAGCAGCUGCACGCUCGUGAGAUUUCUGAGAUUUCUCAAGCCUCUGAGGCAUAUGACCCAACCCGUCAUCUCUCCAAUUCAGAGAUCGUUAAAGCCUGCCGAAGGCCUCCUCACGACCAUUCCCUAGGAAUUCCAAGUCGCGUAGUACGCAUCCUUUCCAACGCCAUAGUCAAACUCAUCGUCAGCCAGGCUGAGGCAGACAAUCAACGCUUCAUAUUCAACAAGGUCAACCCUGAAGUUUGUCGAGUACCGCGUGUCUAUCGAUAUUUCAAGCACGAUGGAAAGGGUUACCUGGUAAUGGAGUACAUUGAGGGUGUUUGCAUUCCUGCAAACGCCAUGACCCCGAAGCAGUACGCCAUUCUCGCAAGAGCGCUCGCUCAUCUGUAUUCUUUCAAACGCACAACGCCGGGCAACCUCGCGGGCGAGGGGAAAUGUUUCGAUUGCCCUCUGCCUGAGACUGGCGUUGAUUUUAUGGGAGACGUCAACCAAAUGAAUGCCUGGUUCCAAUCUCGCCUCCUUGAGUGGGAUACCACCUAUCGAUUCAAUUUUGACCCCGGUCAGUUUGUGAUUUGCCACCGUGACAUCGCACCGCGCAACAUACUCUGGCAGCAAGAUGAGUCGAUCUGCCUUCUUGAUUGGGAGACGGCCGGGUUUUUUCCCGUAUCUUUCGACCUCUGUUCACAGCGCAAGGGCAUCCCGCAGGAUUUUGCAUUCAAUCAGGCUGUCGAGCGACUUAUUGCGACUAUGUCCUCGGUGACCGUUGAUAUGGAAGAGGUCCGACACCUUGAACAGGCAUGGCGAUGCAGUGAGAAAUACGCAUUUGCGCCUCCUUGUCAAGCCUUUGAUCUCCGUCUAAUAGCCAGCAAUCCCCCGCCGGACAUUGAUUUCACGGUAAGUAAUCCUUAUUGCCCCGUGUCCUGUGCUCAGACAUUGGAGGCUAUGCAGGCUAUGCCUAAAAGAAGUGGCAAGAAAACAAUUAUAUCACGGACGCUCCGUCCAUCUUUGCCCUAGACCUGCUCUACUUCUCUCACGCCCAUACACA